AUAUAUCACGGCAAAGCGUUUCGCAGUUUGGAACACAAUCGCUUAGCGUUAGGAACACCUGCACCGGAUGGAAAGCAGCAGCGCAGCCGGUAGCGACACCGCCGCCGCCGCCGCCGCCGAUGGCGGCGGAGGGUCAUUCAAUCCGUCGUCUGAAGAAGUGACCCGGUUUACCGUCGUGUUAUCCCGGCGAUACCAGCACUUGCUCGAUAAAACUUUGCCGCACUUUCUGUACCGCUGGAUCGCAUUCCUUGCCCUAGCUUUGGUCUAUGUGGUGCGAGUAUUCCUGCUUCAAGGCUUCUACGUCGUCUCAUACGCCCUCGGCAUCUAUAUCCUUAACCUCCUCAUCGGAUUUCUCUCCCCUCAGGUUGACCCCGAACAUGAUUUUUCAAAUGGACCCACCCUGCCCACCCGGGAAUCCGACGAGUUCCGCCCCUUCGUUCGUCGCCUUCCUGAAUUCAAAUUCUGGUAUUCGAUUACAAAGGCAUUCUGCAUUGCUAUGGUGAUGACAUUCUUCAAUGUGUUUGAUGUGCCUGUGUUUUGGCCAAUCCUCCUUUUCUAUUGGAUUGUACUGUUCACGCUUACUAUGAGGAGGCAGAUAUUGCACAUGAUGAAAUACAAAUAUUUGCCGUUUUCUUUUGGGAAACAGCGUUAUGAUGGGAAGAAAGCACCUUCAACUCCUUCAAGUGAAAGUGAGAACGUCUAGAUUCAUUAGAUAGAGUUUCUUCUUUGGCUAGCAGGAUCUUCCAUCUACUGACGAAAAUGAGGAGCCGAUGAUAUCUAGCUUGAAGGAAGCCUUGAUUUUAACUUGAAUGUAAAGCAUAGCUGUAUGGACUAUACUUUUAUCCUAUAGUGAUGCAGACCGUGAAUUAACAGCAAUUGAAGCAAAGGUUAGCCUUUCCCCAUUAUGUUUUUCAA